UUGAAGUUGGGAUAGGAAUUGUUUCACUCCAUUAACUAAUUCCGCAGCCAAAUAGGGAAGUGGAUGGUGGAUGAAGCUGUCCCCUAUGCAAAUAAUAUCGCUUGAGAUUUUAGCUUUGUAAGUAUGAACACUGUAAUCGAUAUACUUUCCGGUCAUUGUGGAUUUGAGGCUCAGUUUCAGCUUCAGAUCCCUAAACUACAUGGUCAAAUAUUAGGAUGCGAACAAGUUCUGAUAUCAUUGUUGUAAGCUUUUUUGCUAGAUCCCUGUUCCACUAACAAAAAUUGGGCUUAGACUAUUUUUUUAACGUUUAAUCUAAGCCAUCGCAGGCUAAUUCCACGAGAAAGUGUGUCCCCUCAUGAAAGAUUGGUGAUACCUGAUACGUUAAAAAUAUUUGUAUAUAAUUAUAUCAGUUUUAUUACUCUACCCGUGAUAUAGGGAUUUAAAAUAAAAUGGUUAUUAAAAUAGAAAAUUGCAAAUAAAGCGUGAGGAGGCUGGAAACGAACCCAAGGGGCACGGUUCCAAGAGUUCGUCCCCAUUUUCUUUUUUUUUUUUUUGUUGCCUUUCCAAGCUAAGGAGUAAUAGCUGAGGAGAGGAAGAAAGAGGAGAGAUGAAGCUUCAGGAGCGACGAGCGUACGCGCUCUUGGGCGGUCUUCUGCUGAUCGCCGUGGGAUACAUGAAUUGGAACUCAUGGGGAAGCGGCGGCGGAGGCGGCGGGGGGUUCCGGAUCCCGAUCCCGUGGCUGCAGCCGCGGAUGGGUUUCAUCGGGCGGAACGGGACGCAGCUCGUGGAUCUGGAGAGCGGCUCGCCGGUGUACGUCAAUGGCUGGAACUCCUACUGGUUAAUGUCGUCGGAGAAGCGGACGUGGGUGUCGGAGAUUCUCCGGCGGGGGCGGGAGAUGGGGCUCACCGUCUGCCGGACCUGGGCAUUCAGCGACGGUGGCCCCAAGGCCCUUCAGCUCUUCCCAGGCCACUACGACGAGCAAAUGUUUCAGGCUUUGGAUUAUGUGAUAUAUGAAGCAAGGAGGAAUAAUGUAAGGCUAAUUCUUUGUCUUCUAAAUAAUCUCAACGCAUUUGGCGGUAAAGAUCAAUAUGUUAGAUGGGCACAAGAAGCUGGUUUUAAUGUGACAACCUCAUCAGAUGCAUUUUUCUCAUUUGAUGUCAUCAGGGGCUACUUCAAGGAUUACAUAAAGGCAAUUGUGACAAGAAGGAACUCAUAUAGUGGGGUUAGAUAUUAUGAUGAACCUGCUAUAUUUGCUUGGGAGCUCAUGAAUGAGCCACGAUGUGUAUCUAAAUCAUCUGCUCCUAUUCUUCAGGAUUGGAUUAUUGAUAUGUCUUCUCAUAUUAAGAGUUUAGACAAGAAACACCUUGUCACAAUUGGACUUGAAGGGUUUUAUGGGCCUGGGAGAACUGAAAGAUUGAAUGCGAAUCCAGGAGAAUGGGCAGCUACUUUUGGCUCUGAUUUUCUGCAAAAUUCCGCGGAUGAGCAUAUAGAUUUUGCUUCAGUGCAUGCAUAUCCUGAUAGCUGGAUCCCAAGGGCAAGCCUAGAAGAGAAAGUCAAAUAUCUUUCUAGUUGGGUGGAUUCUCACGUGAAUGAUAGUCAGAACAUAUUGAAAAAACCAGUUCUCUUUUUAGAAUUUGGAUCCAAUUUGCAUGCCAAGAAAAAUGGCACAUAUGAGCGAGAUGUUUUACUGAAUGUGGUUUAUGACAAAGUGUAUGAGUCUGCGAAGAAGGGUCAAGCUGGUGCUGGAGCUCUAAUUUGGCAGUUGAUGGUUGAAGGAAUGCAAAAAUAUCAUGAUGAAUUCUCACUGGUAGCAUGGGAGAAUCCGUCCACAUACGAGUCGAUAGUACAACAAUCCUGCCGAUUACUGAGGUUGUUUCGAGGAAAGAAAAAAAUCAGGGAACCCUGUUCUGAAUUACAGCCCUAAGGAUCGAUCAUCUGUUCUAUAGGGCAAUAACAUUGUUCGACAUUCAUUUCCAAACGCAUAUGAAAUUCUUUUCGUCAAAGAUGAAGGGAAUGGUUUAAGAAAGAAAUUCAUGAGAAAUACUUGCCAUUGAAAUUAAAUAUGGUAAACUAAUGGAGAUCAGUUCUGCUAUUGGAGGUGAAGGUGUUAUGUCAGAAUUCUGGAUAGCAGCUUUCGAGUGUCAACAACCUUGUAAGCUGUUGUCAAUGAAGAUUUACUUACCUCAGGAAGACGUUUCUGCAAUGGAGAUCAUGAAUAACUGUUUCUUAGGAUAUUGCAUGUAUUAUUUUAUAUUAUGAUUUGUUCCACCAUGCAAAAAUGUUUGUAAUUCCAGAAAAAAAUGUAUUUUGUUAUUUAGUAAUUGGUUAGUGAUGUUCAACUGGUUGCUGUUCCAUUUUUAUGACACAGAUGUUGGCUUGGCUAUACUUAAUAAAUAUGACUGGAUGUGUUACUCAA